AUGGCAAAGAAUCCUUCUCAGCUCGCAUCCUUGGCUCGAAAGCAGAAUGAUAAGCGCCUUAACAAGAAAGUGCUACGUUCCAACCUUUGCAGAGCCAUUAUCCAAGAGCAACAUGGCACCCCAAGCACGGCCAAAGUCCUUCGUAUACAUCGUAACCCCCCUGAUCUCCAAGAACCUCUAAUCAAUCGUACCAAUCUUCAAGAACGUAUCAUUGAUCAUGGUCAUGUUAUUCUUGUUGAUGCACUCACUGGUGAAUUUAUUGCAUCUAUUUAUACAAUUCACAAUGACGACAACACCAACAAGCACCUUAGAGAUAAAUUUGAUUGGGCCGUACAAAUCUUGUAUCAUCAUGGCCUUGCACGCAAAAAGUGUGAUAUCAACAAAGCGCAGCAAGCUUUGGGUGAUGCUAAGAGUGGUGAGAUGUACCCUACCGGCUCUCGUGGUGGUACUGAUAAAGGAAAAUCUGGUGGCCCAUAUGUACUGAAUGAGCGGACUCGGAGUAAUCCUCAGCUCAUUAAGCAAGAUGUUGACCGCAUGAAACUUAUGCCUUCUAUUGACAAAUUCAUCUCAAACCUCUUUUCAUAUCUUGUUCUUUCACAAUUCAAAGCAAACCUCAAGAUUGCAGAAGAGUACGGUAUCUCCUGGGCGUCUCCCACCUUUUUCAAUACACUUGACCAAUCCAGCUGUGGCUCCAACCUGGUAAUCACUCAAGAUGAAUUUGCCAAUGAAUCACAUCAAGACCCUGAUGCUUCUGGAUGCGCUAUUGGACUUUUCUGCCUCAUGGAACAUGACUCAGGUAGAGUGAUUCACCCUGAGGCAACCAGUCCAUCUGCACCAUACCGCAUCAACGGAGCCUACUUUCAUCUCGACAACUACAACACCAAGAUACGUUUGAGCCACCAUCCAAAGGUGGUUGUAUGGAAUACAAAGAUGCAUCACCAUAGCUCACAUUCUCAAACUGUUAAUUCUUCCGGCAAACGAGUGACACCCAAACAGGCUAAUUUGACCAAUUUCGGCUCAUCCAUUCAAGUCUCCAAAACCAUUGUUGAUCGAAUUCGGGGUAUGCGUAAGAAGAAAUCUGGUAUGAGUGAUGAAAGUUGGAAUGCUUUCAAAAUAAUGCCUUAUGUCAUAAGACCACGGCAGGUUAAAAGCACAAAGACCUUCUUUCAUGGAAGUGAAGAAAUCCUUUCGGUGUCAAUUUCAAUAUUUCAACGUGACCUUUUAAGUGAUGUCCCCCUCAAGAAUAUCAUUCAGCUUCAGUCAAUGGUAAUAAGACGACAUCACAUUGAAUCAGUUGUUUCAAUAUCUGACCUCAUCCACCCAUCUUUGGCAAUCUGA